UCGUCACUGUGACACUUCAAUGUGGUUGUCUGUUCCAGGUUCAUAUCGAGAUCCAUUGACGACCUUCCACCGACUGGCACAGGCGUGUCCUGGGGCCCCCACCGCAGAAACGCAGCAUGAGGGACGGGACAGGGACUCUGGGCACCUGCCUCGUGAAAGUGCCGCCAGGGGACUCGGCCAAGCGACCGUGUAGCCUUCGAACACAGGAGAGCCCUCGCCCACCAGGCGUCCCUUCCUGGGCGAAGCAGCCUGCGGGUGAUGUUCAUGGAAAUUUACAAAAUGAGACAUUAUCAUUGGAAAUGAAAAGUGACCUGAGUGAGGCCUGGCUUCACAGUGGCACCAAAGUGCUUGCAUAUUUGAAAGAAUCAUUAAGAAGAAAUUCGGCUUCCACGGCGGCUCAGGGCCAGACUGUGGAUCUGUUCUUUGCUCCUGCGGAGGAGUGUUUUGCCGGGGUGUCCUGUGGUGUCGAGGCGGCCCUGGUGAGGGACUGGCUGGGAGGCGGGCCCAGGGCCACCAACAGCCACAGAGGCCGGUGCCACAGAGGAGAGCCUGGGGGGGCAAGACUGCCAUGCGGCUUGCGGUCAGGAACGGGCAUCUCUGCGGGCGCACCGAGGGCUCUUCUGGAGGGGCGAGGCUCUGAGUCGGAACCGCCUGGCCGGCAUUCGGUCCUGUCCACAGCGCUGCACGUGCGGCCCGAAGUACUCCCAGAGAUGGCAGCGCGUUUCCCGGGCACUCGGAGCCCGCACUGCCCGAACUUCAGCGAGUGGGACUGA